AUGCAUCAACAGGGACAGCAGCAGCAGCAACGCCGCCGGUCCUCAAGGACACCCCGAAGGCGGACGUCGAUUCAAGAAGAUGCGGCCAUGCUAGCAGGACUGGGGGUGAAGCAGGAGCUGAAGCGAAACUUCUCCCUGUUCUCCAUGCUGGGUCUGGCCUUUGCGAUUCUCAACUCCUGGACUGCCCUGGGAGCGAGUAUGUCAUUGGCCCUGCCCAGUGGAGGUCCCGAUGCAGUUAUAUGGGGCCUGGUGGUCGCGGGCAUCUGCAAUUUGUGUCUGGCGGCAUCGCUCGCCGAGUUUCUUUCUGCGUAUCCGACUGCGGGUGGCCAGUAUCACUGGGUGGCCGUCAUCAGCUGGAAGAGCUGGGUGCCGAUUCUGUCCUGGAUCACCGGCUGGAUCAACACCGCCGGCUGGGUUGCUUUGACCGCGACGGCAGGUCUGCUGGGGAGCCAACUCAUCCUGGGCGUCAUCUCCCUCACGACACCGUCCUAUGAUCCGCACCGCUGGCACCAGUUUCUCAUCUACAUCGGGUACAACAUCUUUGCCUUCCUGGUGAACGCCUUCAUGACCAGGUUGCUCCCGUGGGUCACCAAGGCGGCAUUGGUCUGGUCGAUCACCGGCUGGGUGGUCAUUUCGAUUACCGUUCUAGCCUGCGCGUCGCCGAACUAUCAGUCAGGCGAUGUGGUGUAUCGCACCUUCAUCAACGAGACCGGCUGGCCAGAUGGACUCGCGUGGCUUUUGGGACUGUUGCAAGGUGGUUUGGGUUUGACUGGGUUUGAUGCCGUCAGCCAUUGCAUCGAAGAGUUGAACAACCCCGUGGUCGAAGGGCCUCGCAUCAUGAUCGCCUGCGUGCUCAUCGGCGUCGUCACUGGAUUCGUAUACCUCAGCGUUCUCCUUUUUGUCUCAAAGGACCUCGACGCCGUGAUUUCUUCAGCCGCUGGUCCUAUGUUGCAGAUCUUUUACGACGCCACAGGCAACAAGGCGGGCUCUAUCUGCCUCUUGAUGUUCCCUUUGGUCUGCUUGCUGUUUGCUGGCGUCACUAUCAUGACGACAAGCAGCCGGAUGGUUUAUGCAUUCGCCCGUGACCGUGGACUGCCGGCUUCGAGAUUCUUCGCCAAGGUCGACAAGCGACUGGAUGUGCCCUUGAAUGCUCUUUGGUUGACUCUCAUUCUGGUGGUCAUCUUCGGUUGCAUUUUCCUGGGCUCUAGCAGUGCAUUCAACGCCAUCGUUUCGGCCUCUGUAGUGGCCCUCGGAAUCACAUAUGCUAUUCCGCCCGCUAUAAAUUGUCUACGGGGCAGGAAAAUGCUACCAGAGUCGCGUCCCUUCAUCCUCCCCAACUGGCUGGGUUGGACGUGUAACUUGGUCGGAAUCGCCUACGUGGUUCUGACCACAGUCCUGUUCAUGUUUCCCCCGGUCUUGCCCGUAACCGGUAACAACAUGAACUACUGUGUGGCGGCAUUCGCGAUUGUCCUUAUUGUCUCGGUGAUUCAGUGGUUUGUUGAUGGGCGGCAGAACUACACCGGACCGCAGAUUGAUGUCGAUGCGCUCAAGAGCGGUGAAGUGGUCGGUAUGGCCCCGGAGGAGAGUAAAGACGGCCUGAGGCCCAGUGCAGACACUUUGACGGGCGACAAACCUGAUAAAGUUGUGCCUUGA